UGGCCAUUGUGCCGUGCCUAUGUUGGGCCGGGCUCGGGCUUCUUCAGAAUGGGGCAGAUCCGAUCAGGUUCCGAAGUUCCCCGGACUCUUCUCCCUCCACGACGCCGACGGGAGGGCGCUUCGAGGUUCCGCGGUAGGAGGACAGCCAGCGGUGCCCGUGGGAGAUUCAGAGAGAUCGCCGUGGAAUCCGACCAAGUCUAUCUCCAGCCGCUCGCGCGGCGGAUGCUUUCGGCGAAGGCCUCGUCUCGCCGCCUGCGUGCUCCGUGAGCCACUCCUCCCUCGGUCUGGUGGGGUGGGCCGGAGCGGAGAUCCAUCCGGGUUGGGUUGAUUCCUUCUUUUGCAGGUUUUGGUGGAUCGAUCUAAGCGGGCACGAUAGUACUCCGUCAGACCCGAUUAAGUUCGAGCACAGGGAUAAUCUCUCCCCACAUCGGAAUCUCCGAUGAUGGCUGUGGCAAAUGGAGUGGUCGGUGCUUCUGCAAAGGAACCCUUGCUUUCAUUUGGUGUAAUUGCUGAUGUGCAGUAUGCCGAUAUCCCAGAUGGCUGCUCGUUCCUCGGCGUCCCGCGCUACUACCGCCACAGCAUCAGUGUCCUCCAAAGGGCUGUCAGUAGAUGGAACAAACAUGGCAACAUUAAGUUCUCGAUCAACUUUGGCGACAUCAUCGAUGGCUACUGCCCAAAGGACAAAUCGUUGUGGGCGGUGCAGAAGGUCCUUGAUGAAUUUGACAAGUUUGACGGGCCGACCUACCACAUGUUUGGCAACCAUUGCCUCUAUAACCUUCCUCGCAGCAAGCUGGUGUCUUUGCUGAAGAUGCCAACCGAUUCAGAUCGAGCUUAUUAUGACUUCUCGCCAUGCCCCGAGCUCAGAAUUGUUGUUCUGGAUGCUUAUGACUUUAGUUGCCUUGGCUGGCCUCAUGAUCAUCCUGUGACUGCAGCAGCAACAAAGCUCCUGAAUGAAAAGAACCCAAACACUGACAAGAACAGCCCUGAUGGUCUGGUCGGUGUCGACAGGCGUUUUGUGAAGUUCAAUGGUGCAGUUGGCAAGGAGCAGCUGUCCUGGCUCAAUGAUGUCCUCCAGGACGCAUCAGCACUCCAUCAAAAUGUCAUCAUAUGCAGCCAUCUCCCAAUGGAUCCCGGCGCGUCUUCGCCAGCAGCUCUCAUGUGGAACUACGAUGAGGUGAUGGAUACUGUUCGCCAGUACAGCUGUGUCAAGGCCUGCUUUGCGGGGCAUGACCACAAGGGUGGCCACUCUGUGGACUCGCACGGGGUGCAUCACCGCACUCUCGAGGCUGCAUUGGAGUGUCCACCAGGCACCAGCGCAUUCGGGCAUGUCGAAGUGUAUCCUGACAGGCUGCUGCUUGUUGGUUCUGACAGAAUGGCUGAUACUGAAAUCCCUUUUUGAGCCAGUAGAGUGAGAAAAUUCUUGUGACUUCAUUGUUAGAGAGAAUAAUGUCAUUGAAACUGAAUUAUCUUCAGUAAUAAAAUGAAAUCCAUAUGAUCAUUAGCUCCUGUCAAGGAUUGCUCGAUUGGUACUUGGUAGGCAAUCAUAUUGUGAUGCCCUUGUCUGAAGCUACUCUACAUGAAUAUUGUCUAAUACAAUGGUCUGUAGAAGGAAUCAAGGAUUGCUUGGUUUUGAAAGAACUAAAAGAAGCGAUUGCAGCCAUGGGUUCGCAUCAUCUUUUCUCGAUGACCUGUCCAACCGUAGUAGGCUGAUCAAACUUGAUACCUGUACUCUUAAAACUGUUUCCUUUUCGGUUCUUGGCUUGAUUUUUCAGACUAAAUGGUUGCAUUCUCAGCAUCUUCAUUUUGGAGUUCCUUGUCUACGUGCAUGAGGUUGAUCAAAACUUGAUACUUGUACAGCCUUUAGAUUAUAUUUACAGAUUCUUGUAUUAUGCAGUUUAA